UAAGGGGUCGAGGAGUGGCAGGUGGAGACGGGUGGUGGUUUUGUCGGCCCGAUACGAUUCUUGGUUUAGGCUGACUCCCUGUGGAUUCAGACUGACAACUGAGGUUGGGGAAAAGGAAAUCUUUAGGGGUCAGUGUCAACUGUGUCACCAUGUCAUCACGACUUAAAAGUGGGAGUUACAACCAUGAAUACCACCACAAACAGAGCCAGCGUGUGAUUAAAGAGUACAGCAGCUCUGAGACAAUGGAGGAAAGAUAUGAUUAUAAAACACAAGCUCGCAUCCAGCAAGUGGUAAAAGCAAAGAUGGUGGAUAAAUAUGUGCGCGAGGAGCCCAUGAUCAGAGGACCGCAGUUCCUGGUCAGACUUAGAUCCCACACUGUGUUUGAAAACACUCCAAUCAAACUCUUCUGCACUGUUCAAGGCUUUCCCAUGCCAGUUGUCAAAUGGUAUAGAGACGGUGUGAUCCUGGACUUGUCCUCUGGAAAGUAUUUGGUUGAAGCCAGAGGAAGCAGCCAUUCCCUUGAGAUACCAAAAUGUUCAACUGAUGACACGGCUCAGUAUACUGCUGUGGCAGGAAACUCCCAUGGGCAGGUCUCUUCUCAGGCUUCUAUCAUUGUAAAGCGAUACAAGGAGGAGGAGGAGUCUAGUCCAUAUGCAUGGUUACCUUUUACAGCUGCAAUGCUUCCCAAGAUCCAUUACACAAAAAUCAACAUUACAUUUGUGGAGAAGUUCGGACCAGUGUUUGCCACCGAGGGAGAAUCUGCAACUCUGUCUGCCACCAUGACCUUAAGCCCAAACCUGGCCAACCUUCAACCAGAGGCACAGUGGUACAGAGAUGACACUCGUCUGUUCGAAUCUAAGUGGGUGAAGAUUGAAACAGGCAGAGGUUUCUCUACCUUGACUAUUCCAAAUCUUUACAAAGAUGAUGAAGGCCUGUAUACUCUUCGUAUGGUCACCAAGGGAGGCACUGCAGAACACAGUGCUUUUGUCUCAGUGGCAGAUGGUCCACCACCAGUUCCAAGUGCACCUGGUGCUCCUAUGGACAUCAAGAUCCAUGACGCCAACAGAGACUAUGUCAUUGUGUCAUGGAAACCCCCUAACACAACUACAGAAGGCCCAAUCCUGGGAUACUUUGUAGACAAAUGUGAGGUUGGAACUGAAAACUGGACCCAGUGCAAUGACCACCCCAUUAAAAUCUGUAAAUACCCAGUGUCGGGACUAUUUGAAGGACACUCCUAUUACUUCAGAGUCAGAGCUGUCAACUCCCGGGGAAUAAGCAAACCCUCCCGCAUGUCCGAUCCUAUUGCUGCACUGGAUCCUACAGAGUUUGAGAGGCUCCACGCCAAAAAGCUUGGAGGACAGCUGGAUGUUGUCUCCUACCAUGAAGUAGAAGAAGCUGAAGGAAACCCCCCCGGUGUUCCAUCAGGAGUUCAAGUGUGUGAAAUUGACAGAACUUAUGUUGUCUUGAGCUGGAAAUCCCCACCAUAUUACAGCAAGGCUCCCAUGUGGUACUACUUAGAGAAGCUCAUGUCAGGCAGCAAUGCAUGGCAGCGUGUUAACACCCAGGUGCCCAUUCGAUCUCCCCGUUAUGCCGUCUUUGACCUGGCGGAAGGAAAAGAAUACAAAUUCAGAGUUUUGUCUGCCAACAUGCAUGGGACCAGCGAGCCAUCAGAGCCAACUGAACUGAUUCAAACUCUUCAACUCAAAGGUGUACCUUCUGCUCCUGGUCAAGUUAUUGCAACAAGAGAAACAGACACCUCUGUCCUCAUCCAGUGGGCUCCUCCAAAGGACCCCAACAACCUGAUUGGGUAUUACAUUGACCAGUGUGUGGCUGGGUCUAAAGACUGGACAUCAGCUAAUCAUAAACCCCACAAGAAAACCAAAUUUGUGGUGAGCGGUCUGGCCAAAGGACAAACAUACGUGUUCCGCGUCCAGGCCAUUAAUGAGCUGGGCCUCAGUGAUGAAUCUCAGGAAUCUGCACCUCUCACUGUCAAAGCUGCUCUUACACCCCCCUCUGCUCCCUAUGACAUUGCCUUGCUGAACUGUGAUGGCCGUUCAAUGGUUCUGAACUGGAAGAAGCCUCUUCACUCAGGAGGUGCGGAGGUCAAAGAGUACUAUGUGGAUAAACGCCGCAGUGGAACAGCCUUGUGGAGGGAGGUUCAUAUCCCACCGGUCCAUGAGAGACUUUACAAGGUGGAGGGCUUGACUGAGGGAGCUGUCUAUCAAUUCAGAGUUUAUGCAGCCAACCUGGCUGGCCUUGGACCAGCUUCCAAACAUUCGACCGACUUUACUUGUGAGGCAUGGACAAUGCCAGAGCCAGGCCCAGCCCAUGACUUGACAUUCUGUGAAGUGAGAGAUAAUUCACUGGUUGUUGAGUGGGAAGAGCCAAUCUAUUGUGGUUCUGGACCAAUUACAGGCUAUCAUGUUGAAUAUGCUAAAAAAGACUCCACUGACUGGGUUACUGCCAAUGAGGCAGCUGUCAGUCACCGCUUCUUAAAGGUAACAGGUCUGCAAGCAGGUGAAAGCUAUGUGUUCAGAGUGCGUGCUGUCAAUGCUGCCGGAGUAGGCAUGGCCUCAAUGGCUUCUGACCUUGUGACUGCCAAGGCUGUGGCAGGUUCCCAGGAGGUUUCUUGUGUGGUGGAUGAGAAGACAGGAGACAUUGUUCUGUCAUUUGAGUCCUGCCAACUAAGUGAGGGCUCUCAGUUCCUCUGGAAGAAGGAAUAUAAAGAAAUCACUGAUUUCUCCAAAGGACUUGUGAUAAAGACAGAAGGCAACCAAUCGAAGCUGAUUUUUAAGAACCCAGAUAAGGAGGAUGUUGGAACAUUCUCUGUUUCUGUCACCAACACAGAAGGGGUGUCAUCCAGCUACACAAUCACCUCUGAAGAGCUGGCCAAGAUGCUGGCACUCAGCCAUGACAUCAGACACCCAAUCAUCCCGCUGAAAAUCGAAUUGUCCUACAAGAUUUUGGAGAGGGGCAGAAUGAGGUUUUGGUUGCAGGCUGAAGAAAUUUCCUCCAAUGUCACCUACAAAUUCUUUGCCAACAACAAGGAACUGUCUGGAGCUGAUCCCAACAAAAUGGGCCAUGAUGUUUCUACUGGUAUCAUUGAGUUCAUUCUGGACCAUUUCACAGAGGAGAAUGAGGGGACAUUUACAUGCCAGAUCACUGAUGGAGGUGGCAAAGCACAGAGCUCACUGGUCUUGAUUGGAGAUGCAUUCAAAGCAGCUUUGGCUGAAGCUGACUACCAGAGGAGAGAGUACAUCCGAGUGAAAGAGGGCCCUCACUUCAGUGAGUUCCUGACACUUCAGAUUGGAGAUGACUGCUCUGUCACUUUAGUCUGCAAGGUUGCUAAUCUAAAGAAGGAAUCAGAGUUCCACUGGUAUAAAGAAGACACAGAGAUCAUCCCAGAGGUAAAGCCUGAUCUUGGAUCAGGUGUCUGCAAACUGCCAAUUAAAGAGUUUUCACAAAAGACAACAGGGGUCUAUAAAGCCACCAUCAGUGACGACAGAGGAAAAGAUAUGAGCCAAAUUGACAUCAGUGGAAAAGUCUUUGAUGAUGCCAUAAGCAAGCUCAGCCAACUGGCUGGAGCCAGUGCUGCAGAGCUGGUGAUUAAGUGCACAGCAACAGGUAUCCAGCUACAGUGUCACAUGAAGUAUUACACCUCAGAGAUGAACGUCACCUGGUAUCAUGGUGAGACUAAACUCUCACGCAGUGACAAGACUGUGAUUGGUGGAAAUCCCGCCAUGGCAACUAUGGAGGUGAUCGAGCCAGGGGAGAAGGAUAAGGGAUCGUACUCUAUCGUAAUCACAAAUGCUGAAAACUCUCACAAACGAACCCUGGACCUCAGCGGUGACGUGUAUGAAAAAGCUUUUGCUGAGUUCCAGAAGCUCAAAGCCGAGGCCUACGCUGAGAAAAAUCGUGGUAAGGUGAUAGGAGGACUGCCGGAUGUUGUUACCAUUAUGGAAAAGAAGACCCUCAGCUUAACAUGUACAGUCUGCGGAGACCCCAAACCUCAGGUGUCAUGGCUGAAAAAUGGAGCAGAGGUUGAACCUGACGACCAGUACGUGGUCUCCUUGGAUCAGGGCAAGUUUGCAAGUCUGACAAUCAAAGGUGUUUCAAUGGAGGAUUCUGGCAGAUACACAAUGAUUGUCCAGAACAAGUAUGGAGGAGAGUCUGUGGAUAUAGUGGUCAGCGUGUACCGUCAUGGGGAAAAACUCCCUGAGGCAAAACCAACUCUGACCCCCAAAACAAUCAUCCCUCCGAAACUUCCCAUUGAGAUUCCUCAGCCUAAAACCCAGCCAGCUAGUGCAGCUCCUAGCGCUGCAGCCAGCCCUGCUCCCAGCCCCGCACCUCCAAAGGCACCGGCAGGAAGAGGGAUAAGGAGUCCUACUCCUUCUCGGAGAAAGUAAUGCGUUUUGGAGCUAUGGAUUUGGGAAGAAAAUCUGUUAACAUAUAAGGUGCCCCAUUAAAGUCAUACAUGGAAACUAAAUAACAUAUUUGUUUGAAAACAUUAUUGAAUGAAAAAGGAAUGUGAGUGAAACAGCAUUUUAGAAGAAAAUCUGCUGAUGUCUAAACAUUAAAGAAUUAGAAAACAAUGUACAUCAAAAAAAGAUGGAAGUUCAACUGAACUUGAUUAAAAAAAAGAAUAAAAAUUGUGCAUAUUAGAAAUAUUCAGUCCCAUGUUUAAAUUUAAAAAGCUCAACACACACAAAACCCUAACAUUUAGUUAUGUAGAGUAUUGUCAGCCACUGCAGUGUUAGAGACUUAAGCUCAUUGAAGCUAUACACAACCUUACAGUGUUUGUCCCUGCUGUUACACGACAACUUAUUUGACACUUGGUGAAAUCUUGUUUUCAUUGUUCCCUGAAUUCUUUAUGGUGUGCAGCAUGCCAUGGUUUGUUAGAUCUCUGGCACAACUUCCUGCUUCUGUCCCUUGCCCCCUUUUGAACACGACCCCUUCAAAGACGAGGCCAAGCCAAGACACUUCACAGCCCGGUGGAGAGAGAUGGGCACACUCUGCCUGUGUGAUGAGUGGCUUGGCUGGGUCUCACAGUCAUUAAAACAUUUACACAUUUUGGGUAAUGUCUCCCUUGUAACGUUGAUGCACGAAACAACACAGGCUUGGUAUCACGGCUCCCCUUCGCUGCUGCAUCAAACAAAAUCGAUGUUCAUGCUAUGUCAUCUCUGAAAAAUAUCUUUCAUCUUCCUGCCACCUCCUCAAUCCUUUCAACUUAUGGCUGAAAAUAUGAAACACCAUCCUCCUUCACAUCACCAUGGUGAGAUGCUGAACAUGCCGAAGAUUAGUUGGCAAUGAAUCAAGACAGAGUAACCUGAGCCAUGAAGUGGGACUGGGACUGUAGAAAAACUGCCAUAACCCUGUUACACUUAUUUUUGCCAGCAUAGGAAACCUCAAAACAUCAAGGUAGGUUCUGUGUCACAAACAAAUAAAAUACAGAUUUCAUUUAGUCCUCGAGGUAUUUGUCCAAAUGCAGAAAAUGACAACAAAUGUAAUGAGUAGUCUGCUUUAAAGACUUGCGCCCGAGUGCAGGAGGUUGUGAUGGUGGAGCUGAUAAAAGAGUGGUUAAUGAGAUUUGUGGUUCAUUAAAGCUGAUGAGAAGAGCAAACAAAGAGGGGAGAGGUAGAUUGUUGAGGGUGAAGCCAUUGUUUCUGUGUUUGCAGUUGCUAAUAAAAGAACAGAAAACAC